AUGUCAGGGAACCGAGUGGUGUGGGGACACGUGCAAAGUGUCCUUUGCACCUUCCCUGAGCACCUGGUGGUCUGUGGGGCCGGGACCAUGGCCAAGGGCAGGUGUAUGCAGGUGUCUGGGACCCCUGGCGGCCGCCUGAGGAAGGACCUCUGCACGCAGGAGUUCAAGGCCCUGCGGAGCUGCUUCGUCUCCGUGGCCAAGAAGACCCUGAAGGGCAGCCGUUAG